AUGUCAAAUAUAGGUGAAGUAAUAUUUGAUCGUUCAUCAGAUAAUCAUGAAGAAAUAUGGGAUGAUACUGAAUUAAUUCGUGCUUAUGAUCGAGCUCGUCGACAAAUUCAAAAUCGUCUUCGUACUAAUUCAAAAACAAAAAAAGAUUCAUCAAUAAAUAAAAAUGAAAAAAAUUCUCAAACAAAUAAUAAACAUAAAACUAAAAAAAUCGAUGUAAAACAAUCAUCUACAAUGAGAAUUCCUACACCAAUGCCAAUAAACAUAAUAACUCCACCAAAAAAUGAACAAGAUGCUUUUCAUUCAAUGUUAAUGGCUUGGUAUAUGGCUGGUUAUCAUGCUGGACAACUUGCUGCCAAAAAUUGGAAGACAGACAGUUAA